CUUCGUGAUUAAGUCUUAACUCAAAUUAUUCAUUGUUCGUAGAAAAUAAUUGAGUUCCAGAUCCAUUUUUUCUCAGUAGCAUAAUCGUUAUAAACAAGCAUAACGUCCGCAGUAAGGACAUCAUAAAAACAAAAAAAUCCAGCUGUUAACAUCCAAUAAAACACUAUUUUUAUACCAAGAAGAAAAGACUCCGACAGUGAUCCUUUGUAUGUUCUUGUGGUUUCUAUUUUUAGCAUUUCUGCUCUAAGUUGACGUGAAGAGACAGACAGACUCAGUAGGUCUUUGGAAAACUAAAAAGAACUUUGGGAAGCAGUGGUUUCCGAUCAGGUGGUCUGGAAUCCCCAAAGGCUCCUACUCUGUAUCUGAGGGGUUCGGAGAUGAUUAACAGGUCAGUACCGUAGCGAACAAAACACGUCCGUCUUGCUUCUUUGGCAGUCCUGAAGUCUGAUGAUUCAUAUGAUGCUCAGAGGCGUCCGAAAAUAUAGACGUGAAGAAAAAAAAACUAAACUGAUGGGAUCCACUUGCAUGUGCUGGUACACCACAAAUUGCUUGAAUAAAACAUAUCACCGUAUAAAAGCCUAUUGUCGUUGACUUCUCCUCCACCUGGCUGAGGGUCAAAAGGUCAAGAGCAGUUGCAAAGGAGAACAGGAGUUGACUCUUAUGUAAUCGAUAUGUGAACGGCACUUGGAAAUUUGGAAGGUAGAGAAUGAGAACAGUGACAAAGUCAAAGAGGAACAAUCCACGUCUGGAUUCUGCUCCGAGACCAAAUCACGCCUCCUAAGGCCGCUUUCAAUUCCUCCGCAGCGUGAGAAGCGACAGCGGGCGUUGCUUUAAAAUGUUGCCGCCGUAUGAAGCCGAUGGACAACAUCAUUUGCUUACUGAAUGGAUGGUUCUAUGUACCGAUUACCGACUACAGAGAAUUAACCAAGCAGGUCUUCAUCCGGUCUUACAUUUCAUUUAGUUACUUUGAAAUUUACAAGAAGACCAGUGUUAAUUGUUAUAGAUUCAUCAAUUCAAUUCUAAUAGCUACCUCAGCCGAUUAGCACGAGCUGAGCCUCUGAGUAGCGGAUCUCUACAACAGGAAACACCAGAAAGUUUGACACCAAUCCACAUCCGUAUUGUGCAUACAGCACAACGCUGCUACUUGUGCGUUUCUGCCUGUUUUAAGGCUAAAGAACAGAUGUUGCUGUUACUAAAUCAGCUCUGAAGGUUUUUUUUUCCCAUAAGCAACCGCUAUGAAAUGAAGAUUGUUCCCACAAUGAGAGAGGCAGCUUCACGCCUCACGUGUUGGGACGAUGGCUGGAACCGACUAGUGAGAUGGAAAGGAUUAACUAUUUUCCAACGUAGGUUUUCCCACAAACUAAUCUGUAGUUUUCAAUAUUAUGACAGCAGCUGACUGGCCGCAGAUCAAGAGGUGCACUUUGUCUACAUGGCUGUGCUUUUGUUGGAAUAAAGAAAUGAAAUAACAAUAAAAACUGUUCAAUUUGAUUAUCACACAAUUCAAUUGCAGCCCUUUCAAAUCCCUUAUUCCAUCUAUUGAGCCAAAUGACAUGAAGGUUUUCCUCAUUGCUUUCUGUAGAUAAGUAACUUAAAUUCCACGUUAAGAGCAUUUAUUUAUUACAAAGUGGUAGUAACUUCGCCAAAGAUGCCUGUUGAUUUAUUGUCGAUGAUUCAAUAACAAUGUGAUCAGUAUCGAUACAUCGGUUGAGUUAAACACCAUAAUGAAAACAAAGCAAAGACUACGGGAUUGUGGGGACCAACAUUAAUGAAUCUCACUGUUUUACCCUUUAGCCCAAAGCGGGACUUUGUUCUUCUCGGUGAGUAAUUGACGUGCUGUAAACAUGUCGGCUUUACAACCUGGUAAUGACGUCAUACCUGCGUGAUAAAUGUAAAACCUCUCACAUGAGAACCCCCCCAUCCUCUCCGGCCCCCCUCGGAACAAUGGCUCUGCCUCUGGAGCGGAGAAUCAGGUAAAGAGGUGAGACAAGUGAUAAACUAGGCCUUCUCCAAAGGACACAAAGAUGCACACGGAUGAUUCAAAAUUAGAAAUGUCGUGUUUAGUCCCGUUAUGUUAUCUUAAGUCAGUCCUCCCCGAGGAUGCGUCGGUGCAUUUUUUCAUCAGUUCCUCGGGCUCCGUGGGUUGUGAUAACCAAAUCCUCUCGGCUGUCAAGUGCCGCGUGCAGACUACAGGGCUUUUCACGGCUCCGCUGAAGCCGUAUCCUCUGAUCUUACACAAAACAGACACACACACGCUCAGAAAAGAAAAGGAAGCAGCGCAGGCUCUCGUCCGUUGGGUUUGAGGCUCGGGACGCACGUCGUCGCCGGUUUCAAAUGUAAUUCACAGGCAAGAUGAGUGACAAAACCCGGACAUGUAGGGAUGCGAGAGACUGUUUUCUUUGUGUCGUUUUAAAUUGGGAAUUCACGCCCGAGUCUCCAGAGGGUUCAAUUAUAAAAAAAAGUGGACGUGACAAAGCAACAGCCUGAGGCCAGUUUCAGUUAAAGAGGUGGCCGUGUAAAACAAAGACACUGACUGUUAGCAGCAAGUGAUGAAUUCAGAUUUUACAUAAAACAACACAAAUUCGAAGAAGCUCAUUGUACCUCCUUGAUGUGCAGAACUAACGACUUUUCUUGUCUUUAAAAAGACAUGUGUCUGUCCGUAGCAGGAUUUAGUCUUCUGGUGCAAGCAAGAGGGACGCAGCUACAGCACUCAGUUUAGAGGGAAGUUUAACUUGGAAGUGUUGCUUUUUUCUCUAUCGGACGGUUCAGUUUACUGUAAAUGAUGCUUGAGAUGCUUGGAUACCAACCGUAUGAGGUCCAGACUCACCUGGAGAACCCAACCAAGUACCACAUCCAGCACUCCCAGCAGCAGCAGGUGAAGCGCUACCUGGGAAAGCUCGGCUCUCAGGUGUUGAACUUGCCCUGCCACAACCAGUCCUCUGACCACGGGGGCAUGCCGCCAGGGCCGGGCAACAGCGCCCCCAACAGCCCCAUGGCCUUACUCACCCUCAACUCCAACUGCGAGAAAGAGAUGGAUGAUGUCAUUGACGACAUUAUUAGUCUGGAGUCCAGUUACAGUGAUGACAUCCUGGGCUUGAUGGACCCGGGACUCCAGAUGGCUAACGCGAUCCCCGUGAACGCUAACCUCAUGGACAUGUACGGCAACCAGGGGAUGUCCCAGCAAGGUCUGCCCGUCAGCAACUCGUGCCCUGCCAACCUGCCCAACAUCAAAAGGGAAUACUCCGUUUCACAAUCCCCGGCCAUCAUGCACAUGCUGGAUAAGUCUGGAUCCUGCGGCAACAAGUUUGACAGCUAUCAGCGGCCUGAGGGAUUCCCUGUGGCUGAGGUAAGAGCGAUGGCAAAGGAAAGGCAGAAGAAGGAUAACCAUAAUUUGAUUGAGAGAAGACGACGGUUUAACAUCAAUGAUCGAAUCAAGGAGUUGGGAACUUUAAUCCCCAAAUCCAAUGACCCGGACAUGCGCUGGAACAAAGGCACCAUCCUGAAGGCGUCGGUGGACUACAUCAGGAAGCUUCAGCGGGAGCAGCUGAGGGCCAAGGAGCUGGACAACCGCCAGAAGAAGCUCGAGCAUGCCAACCGACAUCUGAUGUUGAGGAUACAGGAGUUAGAGAUGCAGGCCCGGGCACACGGCCUGGUCAUCGCACCUCCAGCGCUCUGCUCCGCUGAACUUUGUGCCCGGCCCAUAAAGCAGGAGACGGCCCUGGACGACUGCCGCUCGGAGCUGUACGCGCUCCACCAGCACCACCCGGCCUGCACCCCGGAGCCGCCCGGCGCCCCGGAGCUAAGCGAAGGCCACGGCGACUUCUCGGCGGAGGGUCACUACGGCGUCCACGUCAAGCCGGGCUCCAAGCUCAACGACAUCCUCAUGGAAGACACCCUGUCCCCGGUGAGAGGGGGGGACCCUCUGCUCUCGUCCAUCUCCCCGGACACCUCGAAGGACAGCAGUCGCAAGAGCAGCGUGAGCAUGGAUGAGAAUGAUGAGGUCUGUUAGCGGCCCCUGCUGGAAGAAACCCGGCGUGCGUCUCCGACCGUCUCCAGCCUGCCGCAGGCGUCCCCCCCCGUCAGCGGCAGCGACACACUCCCAGCUGCCGGAGACGCUUUCUGCUGUCUGCGUCUGCAUUUGUUCUGUUGUUGUGUUUACAUGCGUUGAAUCUUCUUUUUCUGGUGAUGUCUUUGUGUUUGUGGAUUUCAAGGACUGAUUAUAAAGUGUGUUUGCUCCAAUCGAUACUUUGCUGACAAUGAGUUACAAUAAUAGAGGUUUUUAUAUUUUAAAAAACAGACAUGCGUUAAACUUUAAAUAGAGGCUAGAUUGUGUUUAUUUCUAUUGAUUCCAAAGGAUCUAGGGAAGUUAUGAAUCACGGUCAGAAAUGUAGAUAUUUUUGUUUUAGAUAAACACUGCUUUUUAAAUCGGUAGCAAUAAUAGAAGAAAGAAGAUAUAUUUAUUACGAUAGUGCUUUACACUCCUUGUGUCUUAGAAUGAACUUGAAUGUGCCAAUGCCUUAUUAAGACGUUCAUACAUCAAUGUCAUAUUGCUGUGCACAUUUUUGGGCUGUUUGUCAGUCUUCCAGUUGACAUUUCUUCUUUUUAUGAAUAUUAAUCAUUUGUAGAUUUCAUCUUAUUUAUGUAUCUAUGUAUCUAAGUACACAUUCCCCUGAAAGGUAUUUAUGACAAGGCAUUUAAAAGAGCCAAUUUGAAACGACUAAUAAACAAAAGCACAUUAAGAAUAGAAAGCUAAUACGUCUCCUUCACCAGAACACAAACACACAAACACACACACACACACACACACAAUAGGCUGGUUCCACUUGAUGGAUUGGAUUGUUACCUAAAGAUGAAUCGGAGGCGUUUUUAGUGUAUUCUUGUCUGUAGGGUGUCCAUUUCCUAAAUUAUUAUUUUUUUUUUUUAUUUGUUUACAUCAGUUUGGUGAUAUUUCACAUCAAGGAUGUUUUCUUUUCCACCAUUAUGUGAACAUUUAUAUUUCCAUGAACUAAAAAGAGACUGCUUUGGGAUUUUGUAUGACAUUGUCAAAACACUGGAAUGACAUCUGUAAUUUGUUCACUCUUUUUUUUUAUCCAAGCAUAAACUAUUGUAUUUGCCUUUUCAAACGCAUACAGAAUAUUGUAUGAGAUUGUAGAUUAUUUACGACAUAUGGUUGUUGUAUAUUUUAUCCGUUUGUUUUCAACAGUUGUAGCACAUUGCAUUAGUACGACUUUGUUCAUUACUACUGCCAUACAUUGAGAGCUCCGUUUGUUAAACUAUGCAAUGGUUGAUGUUGUGCCUGCACAGCGGCGUCAUGUCUCGACAAUGUGAUCUCCUUAUGAAUAAGCCUGAAGCAGUGUAAAAGUAAGUAUAUUUUAAUUGAUUUUAAGUGCCUUACAGUUGUUUCUGUUACACUGGUGAUGUUAGAGGAGUUAAGACAGUGAUGCAACAUGUUGUUGAUGUUUAUAUUGGUGUUUGAUGCUUCAUGUGUUAGCUGAAAAGUGCCAAAGUACUUUAGCAAGUAGUAGGAAAGGGGGCAUUUGUCAUGUUACAAUAUAACAUUAUCUGCCUCUCUUACUCAAGCCACAAGAAACCCUUUGUUUUGAUGGAACCCCAAAAUGUUCAGUACUGAAUGAAUAAAUAAGGCAUUAUGAAAUAAAUUAUCAUAAGACUAAACAGAGUUAAAUUCAUAAAGCAAACCACUGACUUCUGAAAUUAAUAAUGAAUGCCAUUUCAUUAUUAUUAUUUUCACAUGAAGUGUUUUGUUUUUUAUUCCGUACACAGUUGUUUUAUUUAAGAAAAAACAUUUUUCUAAAAUGUGCCUUUACUCAGUAAUGGCACUCUCCGGAAUGAGACUUUUCAUUUAAACCUCGCUCUUUUAUCAUCCAGUUUGACCAACCCUUCACCCUCUUCCAGCAUUUACUGAAUCCUCUCUGUAGAGACUCGUCAACAGCCAAACGCUCCUCGACCACAAUGCAAAAGAUAAUUCUGACUGGAUGACGUAGCAAUGAGCCGAGCAACAAACGGCUACUUUGCAUUAGCACAACUUGGCUAAAGAUGCUAUGCGGCUGUAUACUGCUGCUAGGUUGGCUUUGAUCAUAGUGUUAAACGGAGCAUUUAACUCCUCCAUUCAGAGUUACCGUGAGAGAGUUUUGCCCUAAGUUCUUUUUUUAUAGAAGGAAAAUGCAUAGUGCCGAAAGCAUAAAUCAUCAUUAUUGGGGUGACCCUCUCUCCCUUAUCAUCCAGCAACACACAGCCGCUAGCACGGCGGUAGCCUCCUAAUCUUAAUAUUUAACUUGUUUAUUCACAUGAUUAUUUAAUACAUAAUGUAUCUAAUGUGAUGUAUUUAUUUCAUGUACUUCAUAUUUAACACAUUGGCCUGUUUUUUCAUGUUUAAUGUUUAUCACGGUCAAACUCUACACCGAAGGGGCUGUUUUCAAAGUUGUUCUGAAUAUUCAAUAUACUCUUCACAUAGUGUGGAUGUAGUUCAAUGUGAUGCCAAAAUAAGAUAUAGAAUACUUUUAUUUAAUAUGUGUGAAUUAGUUUUUAAAACGCCAUAGAUAAUGCACGCGUCAGUGGUACUUCUCUUCCAAAAUGACAAGCAAUACUGACAAUAUGAUUUCAGUCAAGUUAAUUCCCAUCUUUUGAAACAGUAGUUUGGGAGGAAAACAAAACUGAAGAUCAACUUAAUAAUUGCUUUUCCGGAGACAAAUGGAGAUAGCUCAGCUGUCGCCACAUGGCACUAAAGAAGUAUGAAACAUUAAUUGAUGUGUGUUUGAAAGCCUAGAAAAAGCUCAUAAGUGGACCUUAAGUGGAUUUUUCUGGCCGUGGGUGAAUUACAGCUUGAGUGGACUGCAGAACGGCCUUCAUGGUUACAACAAAGCAACACAGCCAGCUACCGAGCCUCAAUAUGAAGAUAACGUUGCCCUUCAACUGAACCCAAAUCAGCUUUAGUUCUCAAUGGGGCAUGAAUCAUCUAAACCCCUGAUAUGUGACAGGUUGGAAUAAACAUGGGCAUCACAUCUGAUGGUGGUGGCAAAUCAUUUAAAACCAUCACUGAUCAAUUCCUCUAAAUUGAUUAUCCAGCUAUUAAUUAGAGGUAAUCUCAGUUUAGAUCUCUUUCCACUCGCUCUUAUUCCUUUGGUUCAUACAGACAAUGACUUGUCGCUACGGUCCUUUUUGUUACAGCCUACAUGAGAUGAAUGUUCUAAUAGUCACUGUACGCAUUGGUUUCAGAUUAGUGAAAACCAUCGGUACCCAAUGUGGAAAAUAUCUUGUGAGAAAUAUUAAAAGUUUUAUUUGAAUGUU